GCCCGUGGGCAGCUCCCUGUGGGGCGAAGCCAUGUGCUCCAGCUGAGGGCCACUCGGGAGCGCCACCCCCCACUCUGCUGUGACCAGAAGGUGGGGAGGAUGGACAAGGACGGCAUGGCCGCCCACAGGAGGCACCGGCCCGGCCCCGGCGCCCCUCCCACGGGCGUGGGCACUGCACACCUCAAGGCAGCCAGCGAGAUGGCCGAGCUGCAGCGGAGCCGGAGUGUGGGCGGCCUGCUCCAGAAGGGGGACCCGCCAAGCUGCAUCAAGAAGCUGUGCAAGGAGCUAGAGUCCGAAGACCCGGGGAAGGACGCCAGGAGUGAAGCAGAAGGUGCCAGCUGCCAGGCCAGUCUGGAGGACAAGCAGGACGGGGACCAGGAUGCCCGCGGGCUGGCACCAGAGGACGCAAAGGCGGAGGAGGCCAGCACCCGCUGCGAGCAGCCGGCCGGAGGGGAGGGCGCAGACGAGUGCACCCCAGAGGCCAAGGAACAGGAGCCCGAGUCCAUCAAGCUAGACGACCUUCUGGAAAAAGAGGCAAGACAGUCUCGCUUCAGUAGCGGAAUCAGGCGGGGAGGCCGCAGGGCAUGGUCCUGCUGUGGACGCCGGUCGGUCCCCCGGGCGGAGCUGGGCUUGCGUGGACCGGCCCUGAGCCCCCUUGGCACCGGGCUCUGUGCUCCGCCCUGGGGCACCUUAACCCCAGCUCGCAAAGCAGCACCGCACUCAGGGGGCAGAGAGUCCUGA